UGAAAAAGUCAACGAAACGCAGUAAAAUCAAUUAAAUUAGAGAGCUGAGCUGGCCGUCUAGUUAAUAUAAUAUAAAGAAAAAAAAAAACUGGGUAUUUAAUUGGCCAGGCAGCUCAUGUGCACUCUUAGAUUAAACAAACAAUUAGUAGCAAAAAACUGCUAAAGACCACGGCAGGCUGUGUGUGUGUGUGUAUUAGUACGAGCUCCAAAAUCGUCUGUGUAUUUAGUAUACCAAUACACGCGCAAAUCUCAACUAUUUAUUGCACCUGCAUAGUGCCCCUUGACCACGUAUCAACGUGUCGACUAGCACAACUACAGCAGCCAUGGAGGGCAACAAAGACGAGGCGCAGCGAUGUAUCGAUAUGGCUGAGCAGGCGUAUGCCGAGGGGCGGACCGAAAAGGCGGAAAAGCUGCUCCUAAAAGCGGAAAGACUUUACCCCACGGAGAAGGCAAAGCAGCUGCUGACGAAGGUGAAAAGCUCGCCCGGCAAUGCCGGCAAUGGCAAAGAGCGUCCCGCAGCUGGUGCAGAUGCGGACACUGGUCCGCGAAAGCGUGUCAACUCGGAUUCCAGGAACCAUGCACCUGAGUACACCAACGAUCAGCUGGAGUCGGUGCGAAAAGUUAAAAAGUGCAAGGACUACUAUGAAGUGCUGGGCGUGACCAAAGCGGCCACAGAUUCGGAGAUUAAGAAGGCGUACAAGAAGCUCGCCCUGCAGCUGCAUCCGGACAAGAACAAGGCUCCAGGUGCUGUCGAGGCAUUCAAAACCUUGAGCAAUGCUGCUGGCGUUUUAACCGAUGUCGAAAAGCGAAAGAAUUACGAUCUAUAUGGCAUCAACGAGUCGCAAAGCGGACACGGCAAUAGGGCAGGACACCAUGGACAUGGCCAGCACUACAAUGAUUAUGGCGGCUUCCAGGCCGACAUCAGUCCCGAGGAACUCUUCAAUAUGUUCUUCAACGGCGGCUUCUCCCAGCAGAAUGUCUACAUGCGGCAGCAGCGACGCCGUCAGCAUGCGCGUGAGGAGAGAGACACGAACAACUCCUCUGCCUUGAUCAACUUGCUGCCCAUUUUACUGCUCAUCGGCUUGUCCAUGAUGUCCUCCUUCUUCAUAUCGGAUCCCAUGUACAGUCUGACGCCCUCGCAUAAAUACUCUGUGAAGCGCGAAACAAACGGCCUGAAGAUUCCGUACUAUGUCAAGGACAAUUUCUAUUCGGAGUAUCAGGGCUCAGUGGCGCGUCUAGAGGAAUCGGUGGAGGAAGAUUUUAUCAAUCAUUUGAAGCACUCCUGCAGUCGAGAGCGAAAUUAUCGCGACUCCAUGCUGGCCAAGGCUCGCACGUUUGGUGACCGGGAUCUGUAUCGAAAGGCUCAGAACAUAAAUACGCCGUCGUGCGAGAAUCUGCAAAAGUAUUUAAUCACAUGAUUUCAAUACGCUCCGCCAUACGCUCGCUAUGAAAUUUAAACGUGAUUUAAACAUUUAUUCGUUUUGGUUCUAGUUUUUUUGCUGUCUGCCUAGUUGUUAUAAAAUGAGUUUUGUUUUAAUUAA